UAAAAUUGGACUUGUGGAUUUCAGAAAGUUGGUGAGUUUCUGGUCCGCAGUUUUCAUGGGUAUGGUGAUCCAUUCAUACUCUACAAGACGAGAUAUGCCCGGAACGAAUCAUGGAAGGAUGGGAUAUGUCACAUGGUUUUGUUGAAAUCCUUGCCCCAUUUCAAUUUUCUUGGUGGGUAUUUGCUAAUUAGGCCAAACUGCUCAAUACCACCUAUGAGUCAUAGAUUGCUAAGAAUACCUACAAAGAAUUGGUCAUGGCCCAUCAACGAUUGGGUAGUCGUAUUUGUUUGCACAAUAUGUUAUACCAGUAUGAUGUUGUCCCAAAUGGGAGUUCGUAGUUAGUUGUAAGAAUUAUGCAUAGGUACUGAAAUUGUUUGGGUGUUAUGAUUUGAUCGCAUUGAUCGAGAUCUGAUUGCUUGGGUGCUUUGGUUUUGAAUGAUGUGCUUUAAUUGGCAAAAGUCAUUUCAUGAUGAUGGUUUGCUGUACUGAUCAUGAAUUGAAAUUGCAAACGGUUGAAAAUAAUAAACAGGCAAUCCCAAAAUCUAUAUUGGUAAAGUUGUUUCCCUGUUAAAUCUUGGGUUUUCUGAUUCAAGGCUAUACUUUCAUAGCAAGAUCAUAGGCCAGUCAGAUGCCCGAAGGAUGUGUGGGUCGAAUCAAAUUUUGUAGAAAGCAACAUUUAGAGAUGUAGGAUACUCCAAUUUGGUCUAGGCAAAUUAAAACGAUUCAUUUGAGUACUUUUCAUUGCCCCACCAAGGAAAUUUAUAGAUGUUCAAUCGCUUGGAGCAGUCAAAUGAUGACUGAUUUUACUUGCUAUUGAGCUGCUGAUCCUCAGGGCUUGAAUGCUUAGACAGCCUCGUUAGGACACCGAAGUGCACAACUUGGCUGUGGAGAGGCUCUCCAGCAGAGGAUUUAUACCAGAAGCCAUGGAUAGAUGAUCUGAUGAUAUCAGGGAAUACACUCAAUAGUAGAAGGAAUGACCCAACUCUGCAAAUAGUUAAAGCCCAAUAGCCUCACUAGCUCAAGAAUAAAAAAGGGGAUUUUACUGAUUGUUUUCGUAUUGGCAGAAAAUUUGAGUCUCGAUUGUGUAAUUACAGAUUAAUUUUUAUUUGGUCUAGGGAUCUGUUGUAAGUACUUAGAUGUUAGGGAUGGGGUAUAACUGGUGUCAAGCUGAUCGUGGGGUUGAGGUCAAAAAUGAAAGACCAGUGAAAAUUGAACAGUUUCGUUACAGAGAACUGGAGAUUGCUACUGGGAGCUUUGGUGGAGAGAGCCUCCUUGGAAAAGGCAGUCAUGGUUGUGUCUAUAAGGGUGUUCUAGAAGGUGGAAAGCUUGUGGCUGUGAAAAGGAUUUCUAGUGGGCUUCUAGAACUGAAGGAUGAGAGAGCAUUUGUAAAUGAGAUUGAAAUACUCUCAAACCUGCACAGUCCUAGACUUGUAAACCUUGUUGGGAUCAGCCAUGAUUCUGAAGAGAUACUGAUGGUGGUCGAAUUCAUGGCAAAUGGCACCCUCCAUGAUGUUCUCAACAAGAAUGGUAAGCCACCAAGUUGGCCAAGACGAAUUCAUAUUGCCUUGCAGACUGCCAAAGCCAUUCAGGCCUUGCAUAAUGCAUACCCUCCUGUGAUACAUCGAGAUAUUAAGUCCUCAAAUGUUUUAAUUGAUCAAAACUGGAAUGCCAAGCUUGGUGAUUUCGGUCUUGCUCUGAGGGGUCAUCUUAAGGAUAUCCAGCUGAACUCUACGCCCCCUGCUGGUACCAUGGGAUACUUGGAUCCAUCUUACAUUUCUCCAGCCAACUUGAGCACCAAAACAGAUGUAUUCAGCUUUGGAAUUCUUCUCUUGGAAAUCAUAAGUAGCAGGAAUGCAAUAGAUGUGAACUAUGAUCCACCAUCAAUUGUGGACUGGGCUCUGCCUCUAAUUGAGCAAGAUCAAGUUCUUCAGUUGUGCGAUCCAAGGCUCAGACAACCCAAGAGUCUUUCUGGAAUCAAACGGAUUGCUCAUAUUGCAGCUUCUUGUAUCAGAGCUGACAAUGAAAAACGCCCCUCAAUGAAUCAGGUUGUGGAUGAGCUUAAAUUAGUCAGUAGAAGUUUUCCACUACCCCUGUGGAAUGGUCUCACUAGUCGCAUGAGGCAGCGUAGUAGACAGGGGAAACCCCAUCUCACCAAAGGCAAUACAAAGGAACCCUCCAAGAGACGUUUCUCAAGGACUACAGGGUUUCGUCUGAAACCAGUAACAGAAGAAUGCACAACUUCUUCUGAACCAGGGAUUGCAAUGAGAUGUAAGCAUAGUAGAAAUUUGAUGGAUUUGUUUAAUGAAACAAAAGAAUGUUCAAAAACUAAAUCAGUAGAUUGGCAGGUUCUCGCAAAAAGCAGUCACACUUUUAUCAGUUUACCUGGUAUCAUUCAGACGCGCGAAUUGUUUCUCAGAUCUUCAUCUUUGUCAUCUUUUCAUGACCAAGGAAAAAAUUCUUUUGAGGACAUACGGAGGGCAAUUUCUUUGAAUGAUGCAAAGAAACAUAUUAAAGUGAAUCCAGCUCUGCAUUUGAAACAAGCACCUCAGGCGACAGUCUCUGUUUAGGUUCUUAAAGAAGACCAUCCAGCAUAUUCUUCAGGUUCAGAUGGAGAGGAGACCUAGACAAAGAAUUUCUGAUUUAGGUACAUUUCUAGUAAUUGAAUUGCAUUAUAUUGAGGCCAUCCACAAAUAUUAUUUCUUGAAGUUUGUACACAACAUCCUGUUCCUGGGUCUUCCAAGUUGCUUCCUUCAAUCUUCUUAUGAGAAUGAGAAUAGCCUAUUGUCAUUUUGCAACUUCACCAUAUCUCAACAUCUGUAAAGUGACUGGUUUCCUGCAGCAUAAGUGUGUUAUUUUAUUAUUAUUGGGUCAACUCCGUGGGUUGCCAUUUGUAUACGUCAGUCUUCUGCAUUUUAAUAUAAAAAGAUUCACAUGAUUUGUACUUUUUUUACU